AUGCCUCCAAGGAGAGCGCGUAACAGCUCGCCAGCGGCUGAACGUCGCGAGCGCCUGACCCUGGCCAAACUGGCCAGCUAUGACGAUGUCGCAACAGAUGCGCUGGUGGAUCACGCUUACUUUUGGACCACUACACGCAAGAAUCGCACCAAGUACAAUCCUGCCCGCGGUAUCCACGACGACGAUAUUGGGCGCAUUCUUCUCCACGAUGUUAUUGUCGAUAGAGAUAUCACAAGUGCCGAGCGCCAGCUGCUGGAGAUAUCAGGACUUAAGAAAUACCUGACGAAUCUCCCCAGUCCCCGCGAAAAAGAAUGGUUUCGUCGACAUCUCCGCAAAUACAUCCAGAUGUAUCUCCCAGACUGCCCGUUCGAGGUCACCACCACCAACCGAUACAUUAUCACGCAACAUGAAGCCGCGAUCUGCGCUCGCAGGUUCAUCAAAAAGGGCGAAGAGAUCAAAUACCUGAGUGGAACACUCGUGUCUAUGACCCGUGAAGAGGAGAUGGAUCUUGGACUGACCCGCAAAGACUUCAGUAUUGUGAUGUCGAGUCGGCGUAAAACCCCGUCUUUCUUCUUGGGCCCUGCUCGCUUUGCCAAUCACGACUGUGAUGCAAACGGGAGCCUGGCAACGCGUGGAAACGAAGGCAUGUCUGUUCUGGCCAUGCGCGACAUCUACGAGGGAGAAGAGAUCACGGUUUCUUACGGAGAGGAUUAUUUUGGCAUUGAUAACUGCGAAUGUCUGUGCUUCACCUGCGAACGGGCUGUUCGCAAUGGCUGGUCUCCCCAAGCUGAUUCGGACCAGAACAGCAAAGAAUCAAGUCCCGUGUCGACUGAAGCCUCUCCGGUCGAAGACAGUAUGGGGAGCAGGAAACGCCGGCGCAGCUCUGAAGUGGACUCCGAUACUUCUUCGACCGUGUCUUGCUCUACUCCGCGAAAGCGAGCCAAAUUUCAGCGACAAAUGUCUAAAUUGCGAAAAGAGAUCUCCGUUUCUGAGCUCGCUGGUGAAUCAGCCUCAACAUCCGAGACAGACCUUGUCACUACCCCGGACACUGAACUCGCUCCAACUCCUAUUUUGACAGGAGCCAUACCUCAGGCGUCCAAAUUGAGGCAGGAGCUCACAGACCUAUCCCCAGUGCCAACACCAAUUGAUUCACCACUCCCACCACUAGCCACAGAAUCGGAACAGCCAAACAUGGCUGCUUCAGGCGAUACAAGGCAGGCCCGGAGCUCGCAGGCCCCCCUUCACGCAGAUUGCGAAUCUCCCGAGUCUAACGCCGAAGAGUCUCACCGUUCGUCAACGUCAACCACCGCGACAACCGUCGAUGACAUCGGAAUGAAGAUUAAGACAGAGGAGACCGGAGAGUCAAACCAGACAGAAUCCGCAACAUUAAACGGCAAAAAUCAUGCCGAAACCUCAGCCGAAGGUCAGCUCGCCCUCAUGACUCCUCCCAAGGACACACCCCCAAAGGAAGAACAGCUAGACUUAUCGGAAUCCCUUGAACUAGAUGAAACACCCUCGGCUGCCGAAAAACCCAAAACCCGGAAAAAGUGGAGCAGGCGUCGAUUCAUUGUUGACUCUGUCGAGACCGAAUCGCAGAUUGCCCGAGUUCCCGGAGACUACACUAAGACCUCCAGACUGCUUGCUCAGAGAUACGAUCGCUGGGUGGAGUGUCAGACCUGUGAUAAUUGGUUCGUUCAGUCCAACUCGUACCUGACACGACGGGAAUGCCCUCGCUGCGAGCGCCAUUCCAAGCUGUACGGAUUCCAAUGGCCAUACACCGACAAAAGCCCCGAUGGCGAAGAUCGAGUUAUGGAUCACCGCACCGUCCAUCGUUUCUUGUCCCCUGACGCACAAUCCCGCGUCAGUCGCCGAGGACGGGGUGUCAGUUUUGGAAUCACCCCAACCCCAGAACUGUCAGAUACAAAUACCCCCGAAGCAGAGACGAGCGACACGAACGAGUCUCGUCGCGAUGCUCGGGCAAGUCGGCGUCGCACUAGAGAACUUCGCAUGACUAUGUAA